AUGGAAUACGACAAUACCUUAAAAUCAUUGGUACGAGUUGUACAAGCUACAAGUUUCCAGCAGGAGCUGCACCUUUUGUCAGAAAAUAAGAAUACUCCGCAGGUACUUCGAACUGCUAAGUUUAAGUCGCCUUUGAAAGAUCUAGAUGUAUGGGUCGACGACUUCGAUCUACUCCGACUGAAUGGACGUCUAGCGCAUUCCCGUGGCUCGUUCGAUAGUCGCUUUCCAAUGAUACUACCAGCCGAUCAUCACCUUUCGAAGUUAAUUGCGAAUUCCGUUCAUCAUCAAACCCUUCAUUCGGGCCCAACUCAGCUGUUAGCAACUAUCCGGCAACGUUUCUGGCCUCUUCGUGGCAGGGACCUAGCUCGUAGGACAGUUCACCACUGUAUGACAUGUUUUCGCUUUCGUCCUCCGGCUAGCAACCAGUUUAUGGCUCCACUUCCAACAAACCGUGUCACAGUAGCAAAAGUGUUUGAAACCACCGGGCUAGAUUAUUGCGGGCCGUUUUUUGUUCGACCAUUGGCAGGUCGAGGUGCAUCAGUAAAGGUGUGGGUCGCAGUGUACGUUUGUUUCGUUGUGAAAGCCGUAGUCCUCGACAUUGUCGCCGGUUUGUCGACGGAGUCGUGCGUCAAUUCGUUAAGGCGCUUCGUGAGUCGUGUCGGUCGCGUUCGUACUAUACACUGUGACAACAGCACUACGUUCGUCGGCGCGUUUCGUGAAAUUAAGGAGAUGCGACAAGUUUUGGUGGAUCAGCUGAGCAACACUGCGUGGACAACUGAAUGUUUGGAAAGAGGCAUCGAGUUCCAAUUUAUUCCGCCACGGGCACCACAUUUUGGCGGCCUAUGGGAGGCCGCAGUAGAGGCCUUCAAACGGUUAUUUCUGAAAACCAUCGGGGCUGCUCCGCAUCACUACGACGACAAGCGCACAGCCGUUGCGCAAGCAGAGUGCAUCAUGAACUCUAGGCCAUUGACACCUCUAUCCAACGAUCCGCAGGACAUCUCCGUACUGACCCCUGGUCACUUUCUUCUAGGAGAGUCUAUCUAUUGCUUACCUGAGCCAGAUCUUUCCGAGGUUCCGACUAACCGUCUCAACCAUUUCCAGGCUACUCAACGCUCUGUCACCGACCUUUGGAAGCGUUGGUCCAAGGAAUACAUUGGGCUACUGCAUCAACGGCCUGCAAAAUGGCGGAAGACACCCACCGAAUUCCGCGUUGGUACCAUGGUACUAGUGAAGAAAGAUGACGUACCAUCGAAGCAAUGGCCUCUUGGUAGAGUCGUGGCUGUAUAUCCCGGAAGCGACAACAUCGUUCGCGUAGUAGAUGUACGCACGCAGCUUGGCGUCCGACGCCGGUCAACCUCUGAAUUAUGCGUCCUUCCUAUCGAUGUCAACCAAGAAUCAUCUAACCAGUGUUCAAAUACUUCAUCAUCUUGA